AAAAAGGCUAGACAUAUAGACAGAGAGAGGAGAGAGAGAGAAGGUGAUAGAAAUAUUUUUAAAAAAACGUAGGUCGAGAGACGCCUGGCGUCCUGCAAAAUGAUUCCAACCUCUCUUUUCUCUCUCCUGUCACUCAAAAUAUUAUUAAUGAAUGAAUGAAUUUUUGUUACUCCAAUUUUUCAUGUAGAUGUAAUUUAAUUAAAAGUAAUUUGAUUAUUAAUUUAAAUUAGGAAUGAAUGUUUGUGUUAAUCCAUUAUUUGCUUCCAUCCCUGUUAUUCCUGAAUUGGGAAUGGUAUGGAUGGGAGACAUGAUGGUACAUGAUACAAGUCAUGAAUUAAUGAUGGAUCCACGACAUGCUGCUGAAGGUUCAUAUUUUACUCAUGGAUCAAAUCCAUUUGAUAAUAUUAGAAAUCAUCAAAUGGCACCAACAACAAUGCUCCGAUAUAUGCCACAACAACAACAAUAUACAAAUGAAUGUUCAGAAACAGAAGAGACAAUUGAACAUAUGAAUCCUGGUGAUAUUGUUCAAGAUAUUAAUCAAGAUUAUGAUAAUUCAAAUGAAAUAAAUGAACAAACAGAUAUGAAUGAUGAUGAAGACGAUGAUGAUGAUGAUGAUGAUGUUGAUGAAGAUAAAUAUAUGGUAAUGAAUGAUUUUAUUGAAGAAGAACAAAUGAUUGUUAAUAAUGCAGCAACUCAAACACAAAUUCAAGAUAAUAGAAAUCGUAAAAUAAAACCAAUAAAACAUCCUGGUUUAGUAUUAAAAACACCAAUAGCAUAUCAACCAACAACUGAUUUAAAUUUUAUACCAAUACGUAAAGAUGGUAUGGCUGUUUGUGAAAAAUGUGGUGCAAUUGGUGUUAAACAUGCAUUUUAUACUAAAGAAAGAAGAUUUUGUAGUCGUGCAUGUGCUAGAUCAUCUGAAUUUUUACAAUCACAAACAAUACAUGCUGAUUCAACAAAUAGUCCAUUACAUAAUAAUAAUAAUUCAUCAUCAUCGUCAUUGUCAUUGUCAUUAUCAUCAUCAUCAUCAUCACCACCACAUAGUUGUGAUAAUAAAAAAGAUAUAAAUUUAAUUGAAGAAGAUGAUAAAAAAAAUAUAUUAAUUGAUAAAAAUAUAAAUGAGCCAUUAUUGCCAGAUGAAUUACCAGUACGUAGAAAAAGAACAGCUGAUAUGGAAGGUUCAUAUGAUUGGAUACCACAAUUAACUGAGCCAGGUUUUUGUGCAGCACCAGUAUCAUGUUUUAAACAUGCACCAAUAUCAGAAAUAUGGGAUAAUAUAAGUGUUGGUAUGAAAGUUGAAGUUGAAAAUACAGAUUGUGAUGAAGUUUGUGAAGCAUUUCCUGAUUCAUUUUGGGUUGCAACUGUAUUAAGAAUUGCUGGUUAUCAUGCACUAUUACGUUAUGAAGGUUUUGGUAAUAAUGAAGAUAAAGAUUUUUGGGUAUCAUUAUGUUCAAAUGAUAUACAUCCAGUUGGUUGGUGUGCAACAAUUGGUAAACCAUUAAUACCACCAAAUACAAUUGCAAAUAAAUAUAAUGAUUGGAAAGAUUUUUUAAUGCGUCGUUUAACUGGUGCACGUACAUUACCAACAAAUUUUUAUAAUAAAGUUAAUGACAGUAUGAAAUCACGUUUUAGAUGUGGUUUACAUUUAGAAGUUGUUGAUAAAAAUCGUAUAUCACAAGUUAAAGUUGCAACAAUACAAAAAAUUGUUGGUAAACGUUUACAUGUUAGAUAUUAUGAUUCACCACCAGAUGAUAAUGGUUUUUGGUGUCAUGAAGAUUCACCAUUAAUACAUCCAGUUGGUUGGGCUAAAAAAGUUGGACAAAAUAUUGAUGCUUAUCCAGAAUAUAUUGAACGUGUUGAUAAUUUAAAAUUUACAAAUGAUGAUUCAACAGAUAAUUUAUUUAAUGUGCCAAAAAAUCAUCAUUAUCAUUAUAAUAAUAAUAAUAGUAAUAAUAAUGAUAGUAGUAAUAAUAAUAAUAGAAAUAAUAAUCAUCAUAGAAAUCAUCAUUGUUAUAAAUUUAUUGAAGGUAUGAAACUUGAAGCAAUUGAUCCACUUAAUUUAUCAUCAAUAUGUGCUGCAACAGUUAUGCAAGUAUUACGUGAAAAUUAUAUUAUGAUUAGAAUUGAUAGUUAUGAUGAGGAUAAAAGUGGUGCUGAUUGGUUUUGUUAUAAUGCAAAUUCACCAUGUAUAUUUCCAAUUGGUUUUUGUGCACAAAAUGGUUUACCAUUAACACCACCAAAAGGAUAUGAUCCAACGACAUUUACAUGGGAUACAUAUAUUUAUGAAACAAAUACAAUACCAGCACCAAUACAAUUAUUUUAUGAUAUACCAGAACAUGGUUUUGUUGAAGGUAUGCGUCUUGAAGCUGCUGAUUUAAUGGAUCCACGUCUUGUUUGUGUUGCAACAAUAACACGUGUUAUUGGUAGAUUAUUACGUGUACAUUUUGAUGGUUGGGAAGAUGAAUAUGAUCAAUGGCUUGAUUGUCAUAGUCCAGAUAUAUAUCCAGUUGGUUGGUGUGAUCUUGUUGAUCAUAAACUUGAAUCACCAAGAAUUGAUAUUAUUAAUAAUAAUCAUAAUAGUAAUAAUAAUAAAAUUAAUACAAGUCCAACAGUUAAAUCACCACGUGGCCUUAAACGUAAAAAUAAAAAAAGAAUUAAAAAAAAUAAUAAUAAAAUUAAUUGUGUUAAAAAUAUAUUAAUUAGACACAGUGAAAGACUUGGUGGUUUAAAAGAUAAAGAUAAAGAUAAAGAUAACAAACAACAAUUAAAAUAUAAUAAUAAUAAUAAUAAUAAUAUUAUAGGACAUAAUUAUGAGCCAGCACAGGGUACGAAAAUUGAAAGAUUAUGUGAAAUUGAAAGUUUACCAAUGAAUCGUACUGGUAUGGAACCAGAAACAGCACAAGAACCAGCUGGACCAGAUCAAACAUUACCAAGUCCAACAACUGGACAAGGUAAAUCAUCAUCAUCAUCAAUAACAAUUAAUAAUUAUUCUGAUAAUAAUAAAAAACCACCAAAAGAACGAACAGCAACUUCAUAUAUUAAUGUUAAUUCAUUGAGUGGUAAAUAUAUACCAAGGAUAGCUGAUGGAUGGCAAAAAAAUAAUGAUUGUGGUGAAUUAAUACCAAAUGAAUGGAAUGUAUUUGAUGUUGCUCAAUUUUUACGUGUUAAUGACUGUGCAACGUAUUGUGACAAUUUUAGUAAACGUAAAAUUGAUGGUAAAACAUUAUUAACAUUAACAAAGGACCAAAUUAUUGAUUUAACUGGCUUUAAAGUCGGUCCAUCAUUAAAAAUAUUUGAUUUGAUACAACAAUUAAAAAUCAAAGUUAAUCCAGCUCAGGAAAGAUUAAAAUUAGGACUAAAAAAAAUAUUAUAACAAAGAUAAAAUCUUUUAGUUUUACAUACAUUGAUUUUAUAUUAUUUUUUUUUUCUAUUUAAUCAAUCAUCAAGCAGAAAAAGAAAACAAUCAAUAUGAUAGUUUCUUUUUUCACACACAAUUAGGCUAGAUGUAUUUGAUCUAUUGCUAAGGCGUGUGACUCGAAUAUAAGUUAUAUAUUAUUAUUAUUAUUAUCAUUAACAUGUAUUCAUUAUUUUUAAAAAUUAUAAUUUUUUUUUUUUUCUAUUUCAUUAAACAUACUCUCUCAAAUAAAUCAAUACUAUAAAUUAUGUAUUUUUAACUAUUCAAAAAAUAGAAAUGUGCUUGUUUAAAUAUUCAUUCAUUUAAUCUAUAUGAUAAAAAAAGUUUAGCAACUUUUUAUUUUUAAUUAUUAAUUUAUAAAGAAAGAGAAAAAAAAACGAACUUGCACUGGCUUGAUAAAAACUUGAAAAUUAUAUUAACAAUAUGUGAAAUUGUUUAGAAAAAUUAUAUGAAAUUAUCUCUGUAAAUAACUAAGUUAACAAAAAGAAAAACAAAUUUUUUUAUUUGAUUCAUGUACAUAAUUUUUGCAAUACGGUUUAAACUGCUGAAAAAAAAAUUUUAAAAAGCCGGUGCGUGUCAUUUUUUUAAAUUUAAUUUACAAUAAAUUAUAUUUAAAAUAAUAAUAAUUAUUUUUAUCAUCAACAGAAACAUUAAGUUUGGUUUUUUUUUUUUAUACAAUAGUGCAUUAUUAGUCAUAUUUUUAAAAUCAACAGUCACAAAGAAAGAAAUAAAAGAAAAAAAUAUCACAUGCUCAUAAUUAAAAUCACAAAGAUACAUGAUUGAUUACCUCACAUUUAAUAAUUUUCGAAAUAAGCUUGUGUCAAUUUAGCUAAGCAUAACUUAUAUUAUAGUAAAAUAGAAAUAUAAUUAAAUUAGUAAUAAUAAUAGUAUUAUAAUCUCGAAGAUUUUGACGGUGAAAAAACGAAUUGAAUUGACUAUAUAAAAAAAAAAGAUAAGAUUGUUUAUUAUUAUUAUAAAUAAUAAUAAAAAAAAAACGGUCUGGUUAUUUGGUAGUUUGGAUUGGAUUUUAUAUUAAAAUAAAUUAAGUCAAUACUAAUAAAUUAUAGUUAAAAAAAAUGUGCAAAAAAUAAGGAUGAAAUUUUUGGUGUUUUUUUUUUUUGAUAAUACAAAUAAUAAAAUUACUUUUGAUUUAAUGAUAUAGUGAUUUGCUUGAAGAUAAGAUUUAUGAAAUGACAAAAAUUAUAAAAUUAUUGACAAAAUUUUUAACAAUAAAGUAGAAAAAUAACAAAAAAAAAAAAAAAGCAAUUCGAUAAAUUUAAUUUAAGUUCGUAUAUUAAUAUAAUUUGCAUUGAUAAUAAAUAAAAAAAAAAAAAAAAAA